GAAAAAUGGGUCCCCGCAAGCGACCAAUUUCUGAAGACACGAAAACGAAAGACUCUAUUAGUAACAUCUACCCUCAUAUUAAUGAAAAACGGACACCGUUGCCAAGAUAUUGGUCGCACGAGGAUAAAUGCGAACAUUUGGGCCUGUCAAAUCGUAAUUUAAUUGUCACUUACAAAGGACAAGGCGUGGAUAAAAAUCACAAGGACGCUGGAUCUGUGCGAACUGCACAUCCAAUUCCGACCGGUGUUGGCAUUUACUACUUCGAGAUAUUUGUCCACAGUAAAGGAAGAGACGGCUACAUGGGCAUUGGCAUCUCUCCUCACAGCCAGAGUAAUCUCAACCGGCUGCCAGGCUGGGACAAAGACUCAUAUGGGUACCACGGAGACGAUGGGAACUCUUUUUGCUCCAAAGGAAGUGGACAACCGUAUGGUCCUACUUUUACCACAGGGGAUACUGUUGGCUGUGGUAUUAACUUCGUGGAGCGGACCUGCUUCUUCACGAAAAAUGGAAUCAAUCUAGGGCCAGUAGUAACAGAUCUACCACUACGAUCCUUCUAUCCAACUGUGGGGCUACAAACGCCAGGAGAAACAGUCGAGGCCAACUUUGGACAGAAGCCGUUUGUCUUUGACCUUUCCGAUUUCAAAUUUGAGGCGAAGUAUUUCAUCAACAAAACCGUUUCAAGCCGCGCGAUAGCACAAUCUCUGCAUUCGCUUGUUUCGUCUUAUCUUAUUCAUAGAGGAUACAACAAAUCAGCCUACGCACUCGCAAAACAGACUGGAAUGGCAGUAUCUGAAGGAAUGCAAUCGAUUGAGAAUAGACGGUUCCUUGAGAAGCUGAUAACUGAGGGAAACAUAAGCGAAGCUCUGACUGAAACAGAAAAGCGCUAUCCGAGUCUUCUCAGUGACAACAUCAAACUUGAAUUUCUUCUGAAAUGCCGCCAGUUUGUCGAACUUGUUGCAAGCGGAUCGAACAAUAAUUGCCAGGAAUCUAAUAGAAUCCAAUCUAAUGGUGACAUAAAUGGAUCUUCGGAGAAUAGCGUAGCCCCUGAGAGCGAAAGUCGAAACCAGAUUGAUGUAAAUGGCGAGAGGUUGCAGAUAAGUGCUACUGGCAUCCCUCCGUCUGUUUCGAAUGGGUCUGAAAGCAAUGGAAUCGCCGUAAUGUCGAAUGAUGUAGUAUUACCGGAGGCAGAACUUUCACAGAGACCAGAAUCGCGUCUUUCAGAAGGACCGACUGAAAUGGACCUGGAUUGCAAUAGUUGCCACGCAAACAACGCAGAAGCUAAUCAGAAUAGUUAUCUCGAUUCUCAAGCUGCAUCAAGUUCAAGUAAUGCUACUAAUACCAAUGCUAACGCAAUGAGCAAUGAAGAUUCUCGUAUAAUGGAAGCUAUUUUACAGGGUAGGAAAUUGAGGCAAUUGGCAGACAAAGCAAUAGCAUCCGGUGAUUGCAAUUCGGAAAACAUAGAACAGCAUUUGUUAGAAGUUUUUGGCCUCUUAGCAUAUGAAAAACCCGGUGAAAGUCCCUUAAAACAUGUACUAGAGCCUAGUUACAGAGAACGUGCUUGCAAUUUGCUCAAUGGGGCUAUACUUCAGUCUCAUAACAUGGCGGCAGAUCCACAGUUACAGACAUUGUUAAUCCAAUCAGCCACCUGUUUGCAGGAGAUGACGUCACUAGGAAUGCCAGAAGCUGCUUUUGUCAGUAUGAAAGAUGUAGUUCAGUAAAUAAAACAGUGUCAGGGCAAAUGGGAACAGCUGACUAGUGUGAACUACUUUUGUCAAAUUAAUCAAAAACGAGAUGAAAUAGUUCUAAUUAUUUUCUCAUACUUUGAGUCAUACAAAAAACUCAAAAUAUUCGUCAAAAAGAUUGUUUGUUGAUUUCAAUGCUACUUUAUUGUGUUCAAUUUGGUACGUUUUUGAUUUCAA